CUACAUAUAUCUAUGUCUAAAAAAAACAAAAAAAACAAAACAAAUUGAAAUACAGAAUUAAAGUGUAAGUGAUGGCAAGGUUAUAGGCACCCUGUAUACGUUCUCUGUUAAAUCAAUGUCCCUCUCUCGGUUUUGUUCCUCAGUAAGUUCAAAGUGGUUGUAACUAACAAGAUAACUCGAUAAAUCUUUACUGUUGUGGCCAUUUGAAUUAUAGGUAUCCAGCAUUCAUAAAAAUAAUAGAGUUUCAAGAGCUGGCAAACUGGAAGGUAGGAUUGAAAGUUUUGAAACCUAAGCUUCUAAGUGCAGAUAGUUGGUCAACAAUAGAAUCUAACUUCUGAUUGUGGCUGCCUACUACUCAUCUGUCAAUCUCACACAUUUCCUAGCCUUGGUCAAAGGAAAUGCCUCAGAAACUAUUGCACACACAUCAUGUCAUUAUAGCAGAAACAGAAUGAAAAAAAACACUCAGUUAACAGUCUUGAGGGUGGGAGUUACUUUUAUUGUCCUCCUGAAAGGUUUUUUAAAAAGUCCUAUACUUUUGGAAAGAAGUACAGUGCUAAACAGUAAGCAAAACAACUCGGACAUACAUCUGUGUCAUUAAAUCAGCCUUCUGAGUUGCAUUGUACAGUUUUGUGACAAUUGUAUCAGUCAUGUUUUCCGUUCACCAAAGAUGGUGCAGAUUAUUUUGGUGUAACGACCCCUUGAUAAAAAAGUCUCAGUGUUUCUAAAAGAACAAUUGCAAUAUUAUACCAUGCAAAAGUAUAAUAGUCUGAAACAGACAGUGGUGGAAGAAUCACUAAAUAAAUAAAAGAAUCAGCAAUUAAGUUUAAAAAAUGAAGACAUUUUUAAUGCUGACAUCUGCAUUGCAAUAACCAGAGUGAUUGGUGGAAGGAUUAUUUUUCUUUCUUAACCUAAAACAGGUUUACUGAUAACUGUGUCACAGGAAGGCAGCUGCUUGUAGUGGUAGGAGCACUAAACAUAUGUGCAAACGAUGAGCGACAGGAAUCCACAUGGGCAGAGGAAGAGAUGUUUCGACCAAACAUGUUCUUUCUUCUGUUGCUGCCUCCAAUAAUAUUUGAAUCGGGGUAUUCACUUCACAAGUCUGUCUCUGGGCCUCUUUCCACUCGCCAGCCUGCCACAAUUCAUUUCAGCUUUCAUUGUGGGAGGAGGCAUUUACUUCCUGGGCAGGCAGAUGUUAUUUACAAGUUGACAAUGACAGAGAGCUUUGCGGUUGGAGUUCUGAUCUCUGCGGUGGACCCACCAUCGCUAUCUUUAAUGCCCUGAAUGUCAACCCAGUCUUCAACAUGCUGGUGUUCAGAGAGAGCAUCCUGAAUGACAUGGCUCACCAACACGGCAGAGGGUCUGACUCGCUUGGAGAAUUCGAACUUUAGUGGCUGGCAGACAUUCCUGCAGGCCCACGGCUACUUCCUCAAGAUGUUCUUCAGCUCGGCUGCUCUAGGCACCCUCACCGGCCUCAUUUCAGCUCUCAGACCUGCGUCUUCGCCUUUCUGGGUUUGUCCAUAUUCAGCUUCCCUCGCAAGUUCGAGAUCUCUUGUGAUCUGGUGCAUAGGAUCACAAGAUCACACCCAACAUGAUGUUCAUCAUGUGGUUCAGUGGAUUGUGUCGUGCAAUCCCCUAUGUCCUGAGCCACCAUUUGAGUCUGGAGCCACUAUUGUCAUCAUGCUAUUGACCAUCCUGCUGCUAGUGGGCAGCACCAUGUACCUCAUCCGCCUGAUUGACAUCGACGACUGCAAGAGCUCCCACAAAUACAAGAAGGACAUCAACCUGAGCAAGAUGGAGAAAGUGGGCAACACAAUCGAGUCGGAGCACUUGUCAGAACUGACGGAGGAGGAGUACGAUGCUCCAUGAUGCGCAGCACGAUCUGAAGGGCUUCAUGUGGCUCGACGGCAGGACCUACUCCACAUGCGUAUCCAGAUGAAGACUCUGACUAACAAGUGGUACGAGGAGGUGAUGCAAGGGCCCUCCGGCUCAGAGGACGAGGAUGAGGAGACUGAACUGCUGUGAGCUGGACACUAUGCUGCCUGGGACAUGCAGGCAGAAAACAACUGUGAAACACAUUGCUCAAAUACAGGCCGUGUCAAAGCAAUAGGGGUGAAGCAGUUCAAGUGGGCUGUAAAAGUUUCAACAAGAUUGUGUUCACUUUUGAUAGGCCUGGUAAAAUAAUUCCCUUUUUUCUCAGUUAGAUGAUACUUGAUCUCCUGCCAGUCCUUAAUUGACUGCUGGAGUGUGGGGGUGUAAUUGCAAGAAGGCAAGAUGGAUUAGUAGGAAUCUCUUAUCUUUUGGAGACUGUGCCAAUAAGAACAGCUGUUAAGACUUGCCAUUUUUAGUGUAUUAGUUCAAUCAUUUCAUGUCAGUGCUUUGGGAUAUUGGGCCAAAUACAAAUUGUGCUUGUUGUGUGGUUCUAGAGUAUUCCCUUUUCACAUGGAAUGCGGAUUGUUUCUCUAAGUGUGAAUUUCAGUUGAGACGGUAAACGAGAGUGUAUGUAAAAGCCAUGUGUGGCAUUGUUUUUUCCGAUGCCAGAGAGCUGGUUCAAGCCCAGUGGCUUUGAUUUCGUGACAUGUUCAUGUGUGUGGUCAGUCGAUUGCUUGAGUUGUACUGUCUGCUUAGUCAGGUUUGAGGGCAUUACCACUAAAUAGUCACAUGUACUGUACAGACUCGAGGAAAUACAUGGAAGGAUGAAAUAAAUAUAAUAUAUG